ACAGAAGUGAGCAAAACACAACAGGGAGAGAAAGAGAGAGGUGGAGGGAAAGUUGGAGGAAGUAAUGGUGAGCGGAAGUGCAGAGAAAUUGAAUGAAUUGAUAAAGGAAGACCCUUUUAUCAUUGACAGAGCUUUGAUCAGAGCUAUGGCGACUUCCUGUGGGGAAACUCCCUUGCACGUGGCCACCAUCUUGGGUCAUCGCGACUUAGCCAGCGAACUGGUCCGCAGGAAGCCCAGUCUGGCUUCUGAGGUGGACUGGCUUGGCCGCACCCCGCUUCACCUGGCUUCCGGCAGAGGCUUCACCCAUAUCGUCCGCCAGUUGCUAUUUCACGCGGACCACAGCAGCAUCCACCUGGCUUGCGACCGGGACGGUAGGACUCCGCUUCACCUCGCAGCGAUUGAAGGACAAACUGAGGUAAUAGAAGAGCUGUGUCGCCGCCACCCUAUGUCAAUCGGAGAGAAGAGCAGUGGAGGACAGACGGUAUUACACUUGUGUGUGAAGUAUGACCGUCUUGAGGCUCUUAAGCUGUUGGUUGAAUCUGCGAGUCCCCAGUUUGUCAUGUCUAAAGAUGAUGAUGGCAAUACAAUUUUGCAUCUCGCUGCAUAUCUUCAACAAGCAGAGACCCUAAAAUACUUGGUUUCAAGCGGGGAAGUGCUUAAAGAAGCUGCAAAUGCAUUGAACAAGAACAGAUUCAUGGCCCUCGAUGUUUUAAAGUACUGUCCAAACAAAGAUUUCAAAUUCCUGGAGACUUACGCCCUUCUUCAAGAAGCCGGAGUUCGAAGAGCCAAAGAUCUUCCGUCAAUUGAAAAUACUACGCUUGCAAUAGAAACUGCAAAUGACGUAGUUGAAGAAGGCCAAAUUACAGCAGAAACAAAUCCAACUGCAAAUGACGUAGUUGAAGAAAGCCAGAUUAUAGCAGAAACAAAUCCUCCACUGGCACCGCCCAAGAGCCGUAUUCGUCGGUUCGGAGAUUGUGUGGCGCGCAAAUGGAAGGUAUGGUUCCCGAGAGACGACGAAUGGAAAGCCAAGACGCGCAAGGCGUUGCUUGUGAGCACCUCGGUGAUUGUAUCCAUGGCUUACCAAGCCGGACUGAACCCCCCAGGCGGGGUUUGGCAAGAAGUUGACCCUAAAAUUCCUAAGGAUAGGAAACCUAGUGAAGAUACUAUUGCACCGAAAGGAGCCUUUGCCUCAGCAAGGUCAGCACCCAGACCGCCAUCCCACUAUGCAAGAAAGUCCAUUGGAGGCACGAUGGACAGAGACCGCUUCGACUAUUUUUUUGUGUUCAACACGAUGGCGUUCAUGUUGGGUGUAAGUGUCAUCUUGCUGCAGGGAGCUAGGAUUCCUCUAAAGAAGACGAAGUUUCUCUCAUGGCUUUCGGGCGUAACCAUGUCCCUCACUAUGACCUUCGUGGUGCUCGCUUACAUUUUUGGCGGAAAGCUAGUAACGCCCGACGAAACAUUUUACACCAUCGUAGUUGGCGUGUUCCCCGUUUUUAAUUGGCAGUUGCUCUUGGUCCUACUGCUCUACGGGUUUUUUACCUUGGCGUGGGUGGUUAGGAUUGUGUUCGCUAUGUGCUCAAAAGGUUCCUAUCUCUUGACGCGGUUGUGGAGGAGCAAGGGCCGCAAUUUGUAUGACAAAUUAGGAAAUGCGCAGCGGCCUUGGGUUCAAGAACAAGAAGCCACUGCUUGAAUCGCCAAACUCGAUCUGCCGUAUCACGCAAUCAUUAAAAUAUGUAGCGCCACUGCCUACAUGCCAAUCCUCCCCUAAAUAUUUAUGAGAAAUAUUAUAUAUUGAAGGAUCGCUUGCCCCUCGUCACAUUCUCCUACGCGGGAGUCCCGCUUCCAUUAGACGUCUUCCUUCAAAACCAGUAGUUAAAUUGUUUCUAUUCAAUAUGGCAUGUUUUAGAAUCUAGUAAGUUAAAGUUGUAGCGAACCGCUGUUUGUGACGAGGAUUGUGUAUGUGGAUGAUGGAUUAUUCAAGUUAUUUUACAAUUUCAACAAAAAAAAUUUUUUCUCUUCAGCGAGUCUAGGGAGAGGGUAGAGAGAGAAUAUGAACAAACUUUAGAGAGAGAAAAGCAUGGAAGAGAAAAUAUUAAGUGCGCUAGUGUGCAUGCAUGCAGGUGGAUCAAUGUAAUUUUAUUAUGUGCUUGUAUUAGGUGAAAUUAUAUUUAUAU